AUGUUUUCCGGACAGGAACGGUUACUUGUAUGUGCCAUAUUUUUUAUAACGUGUGUAACUGCACAAUGGACAACGUACGAUUUUGUAAAGGUAGAGACAUAUCUUAUUUCAACACAAGCAAACAUCAAACGAUUAUUUGAUAUUAUUCAGAAAGAAAAAGUAAAAAUGUAUGGUACAAACACUCUAAAUGGAUCUAUUCCUGCGGGUGGCGGAAUGGCACUAGCUUACGGCUCGUUCUUCGAGGACGUCGAGAGGCGAUUAGCCGACAUUGAGAACUCCACAAAAGAACUUAGCAUCUAUAUGCGCGUAUGUCCAGAUGCACCAAUGGCUCCUCCGAAACCACAGAGUGUCAUUACAGAAUCACAAACCAUCGACGGAAUAUCAACUAUAAUAAUCAAGUGGGACGCGUUACCAGUAAUUCCGGAAAAUCUCCAAUACAAAGUGUAUUUCCAACCUCUGGAAUUAGAUGGAUCAAUAACUCAACCGGAAGUUGUUUUUAGAAUUUGCGACGCAUCACAGACGUCUGCUUCUAUAACAGAUUUAACACCUAAAUCUAGAUACAGGAUUCGGGUAGCUGCCGUCGAUGGCCAAGUUGUUGAGUCCAACAGUAUACCGGAAGUGAUACACACACCUGACGUUAUUCCAUCAUCGCCUGUGAACUUAAGAGGUAGUGCACUGGGACCGAACUCGAUCAAACUGGACUGGGAUCCGCCUGUGGUGCGAGGAGAUAUUCUUCAAUACAGUGUUAUCAUCCACGACUCCUUCACAAUGAAGAAUCAUACUGUAGACAUUCGACCCGCCGUCAACUACCUCAAUGCUUUAGACUUAACAGAAGGAACUACACAUCAUUUUGCUGUAACUGCCUUCUCUGAUAACGGAGAAUCAGAACAAUCGGAACCUUUAAUGGUAUCAACCGCAAGUUUCAUUCCGCCGGAAGUGCAGAAUCCAAAUGCCGAGGCUUACAACACAACAACUAUUCGAGUCACCUUCACUCCGCGUCAAAGCGUUGAGGGUAAGAUCCGAGGAUAUCGAGUACAUUACACGGAUUUCCUUGCUGAACCGGAAGAGGGAGAUGUUGAGACAACUAACCCUUCUGCUACGGAAUUGUGGGUACACAAUCUUCAGCCCAACAAGGAUUACUACUUUGCUAUCACAGCAUUCACCAGACGUUCAGAGAGUUUCCCUACAAGCUACGUGGCUACCAAAUCUAAGGCUGCAGUGCCAAGUCAAGUGAGGAACGUGCGCUGUCGUACAUUAAGAACAGAUCCCCCAAUGAUCCAGCUCCGAUGGGAACCUCCUCUUCACAUGUACGCCCUCAAGAAACCAGAAUAUCAUAUCAUGUGGGGAGUCAAAGAUGGUGUCUACAGAAACGAGACUAUCACCAACAUGUCCGUGUCGUGGAAUUCAGACUAUCUUGAUGACAACUUACUUCACAGAUUCAUUAUUGCUGCUAAAAACGACAAAGGAAUUGGAAACGAGGUUGAGGUUCAGCUAAGAACCCCUAAAAGAGAGUUUGACACUCCCAAGAACAUAAAAGUUGGCCGUAUGAAGAAGGGCAACACAACACUGUUAGCGGUAUCUUGGGAUCCAAUGCCGGUCCCGGUAAUGGGAUUCCGUGUGUUACAUCGAGUAUUCCAGUGGAUCUAUCAAGGAAGAUGGACAAUCACUGAAGUCCCGGAUCCAAAUGCAAGGUCCACAACUAUUCCUAUAACAGAUCCUACUUUGUCAUAUAUUGUAGUGGUAAGAUCCAAACUAUUACACGGACGACAAGGGCGCAGAAAGAAAAACAAAAAGGAUGUCAUGAAAUGCACGAUCGUUGUUCACAAAGAUAAAAACGCCGGUGCAAAGAGUGCCCUUGAUACUCCGAUGCAAGAGGCUGUAGGUGGAGGGAUGGAAAACCAAGGAAUGGGUGGCGACAUGGGGAUGAGUGGUAAUUCAGGCAUGGGUGGCAUGGGUGGUAAUCAGGGAAUGGGUGGCAUGGGAGGUGGUCAAGGAAUGGGUGGCAUGGGAGGUGGUCAAGGAAUGGGUGGCAUGGGAGGUCAAGGAAUGGGCGGCAUGGGUGGUAAUCAGGGAAUGGGUGGUAAUCAGGGAAUGGGAGGACAAGGAAUGAAUGACAUUGGAGUUGGUCAGGGAAUGGGCGGCAUGGGAAAUGGUCAGGGAAUGGGUGGCAUGGGAAAUGGUCAGGGAAUGGGUGGCAUGGGAGGCGGUCAGGGAAUGGGUGGCAUGACAGGUGGUCAGGGUAUGGGUGGCGGACAAGGAAUGGGAAGCCAAGGAAUGGGCGGUGGUCAGGGAAUGAGUAGCAUGGGAGGUGGCCCAGGAAUGGGAAAUAACCAAGGAAUGAGUGGCAUUGGAAGUGGUCAGGGUAUGGGAGGUAACCAAGGAAUGACAGGUAGCCAGGGAAUGAAUCAGGGUAUGGGGGCCAUGGGAAGUGGACCGGGAAUGGGUGGUGAACAAGGAAUGGGUGGUAACCAGGGAAUGGGAGGAAUGGGCGGUGGUCAAGGAAUGGAUAGAAUGGGAGGUGGUCAAGGAAUGGAUAGAAUGGGCGGUGGUCAAGGAAUGGGAGGUAUGGGCGGUAACCAGGGAAUGGGAGGGAUGGGCAGUAACCCGGGAAUGGAUAGAAUGGGCAGUGGUCAAGGAAUGGGAAUGAGUGGUGGCCAGGGAAUGGGAGGUAUGGGCGGUCAGGGAAUGGGAGGAAUGGGCGGUGGUCAAGGAAUGGAUAGAAUGGGCGGUGGUCAAGGAAUGGAUAGAAUGGGUGGCAGUCAAGGAAUGGGAGGAAUGGGUGGUGGCCAGGGAAUGGGCGGUGGCCAGGGAAUGAGUAGUGGUCCGGGAAUGGGCGGUGGCCAGGGAAUGAGUAGUGGUCCGGGAAUGGGCGGUGGCCAGGGAAUGAGUAGUGGUCCGGGAAUGGGCGGUGGCCAGGGAAUGAGUAGUGGUCCGGGAAUGGGUGGUGGCCAGGGAAUGAGUAGUGGUCCGGGAAUGGGCGGUGGCCAGGGAAUGAGUAGUGGUCCGGGAAUGGGCGGUGGCCAGGGAAUGGGGAAUAUGGGAAGUAGACAGGGAAUGGGUGGCAUGGGCGGCAAUUUUCAGGGAGUCAAUAGUAUGAUGGGAGGUAACCCAGAUAUCGCAAGACCACCAACUCAAAGACCGCCAAUGGGCGGAAACCAACAAUUUGGAGGAAUGCCUCAAAACAACCCAAUGGGUGGACCAAUGGGUGGACCAAUGGGCAAUACCCAAGGAGGUCCAUCGCAAAAUAUGAACAGUCAAAGAAGACAACAGCCUAUGCAACAAAAUACACGGAGAAUGCAAAGAGGCAACGCAAGGCGUUUUAUGGGACAAUGA